CUGUUUUUUCGCUCGUAUCUUUUAUUGUACUUACGUUAUACAAUAAUUGACAUUAAGUUUAUUAUAUUAUGAUUAUAAAAAUUUGCUUCUAUACCCUUCCGCGGUUAUGUAAAUUGAGCUUAAAAUACGUGAGGGAGAUCCACUUGCAUUUGGCAGGUUUAUUUCAUUGCUGUCAUGGUGAUCGAUAACCAAUGGCUUGUCCCGUCAUCACGCUACUGUAUUAUCACUCGUGUAACUAUAUAUAAAUUAUAUCAGUUAAUUACGAUCCCGUGAUCCAUUUGCAGCUCUACAGUGUAUAAUUAUUAAGUAAAGAGUGAUAUAGCGUUAUUGUACAAGGGCUAUGAAUUUAAAAUUGCCUGAUCUCGUAACUAAGAGUGUGUUUGAUGUAGUGAAGGAGAAUUUCCACAGAGUCAAGCUGAAAACAUAUGCUCAGCGAAUGAUAUACUGUGGCGAACAUGCGGUGUCGAAGGAGGAAAUAAUGAAACAAAUACAAAAAUCGGUAAAUUACGCGAACACUGGCUACGUUGAUGUUCCUUUGGGAGGUUUACUACUCGUCUAUGAUAGCUAUUUCGUUCAUAUAAUUGAGGGCUCGGAAGAUACUAUACACAGGCAGUUGAGGUUUCUUUUUAAUAUAGAAGUUUAUUGGAUAGCCAAAAUGAAGCGACUGGACAAGGAAAUGGCAGAGGCCGCAAGGAAGGCCGCAGAGGAGGCCCUGGCUGAGGGAGAUAUUACCGUAAUGCCGGAUGAAGAGGAGUUUAUAGUAUUUAAAGGCGAGAGAGUACUAUUGAAAAGAUUAAAGAUCUUGAUGGUCUAUCAUUGUAUUACUACGCGAAUUUUCGAAGGCUGGCAAUCGAUAACCGCUCACCCGCCGGCGCUUAUCGGCAAGUUGGACGUGUACGCUACCAUCGACGUGCAUAUGGAGCAAUUAAACAUCUGCCUUCAAAAGUUAUUCAAGCUUUGCAAACUUAUUGAGGAGGAUAAAAAUUUAACGUUCGAGGGUCUGAGUGCGAAUGAUCCCAAAAUGGAGGCGCUGCCUGAAGUAGCGUUGUUGGACUACCUCCUAACGUCAAAAUUCAUCCUUGAUCUCCGAAACACUGCAGCUCUGCAUCGGCGAGUUGACGAUUAUGCUUUCUACUUUGAAUUGGUGUGGCCUUUACAAACUCACUACACCCCACGGCAUUUAUACAAGUUGAAGCUAGACGACUCGUUCGUCGAACCGCUGCCGGUCAUGUGGUGGGAGAAGAAAGAGGAAGAAGAAGGUGAAGAUAAGGAGGAAAAGGGCAGCUCUGAAAGCGACUAGAUUCUUAAGGUUCGAUAUUCGAAGAUAUCGUCUCAAUAUAAGUAUUCUUUGUCAAAAAGCACACAAUUGUGUUGUGAAUUGCAAAUCCUUUCAUAUACUUAUUGUAUAUUUUCACACUUUCGUUAAUUUUUAUCUAUUAUGUUCCCGUCUAUAGUUAUAGUCCCGUAUAUAGUCUAGUCAGCAUUUUGCCUUUGUUUUCGCUAUUAAUAGUUGUCAUUUACAUGUAAUUAAGUUCACAUAUUCAAUAAAUGUACUUAUG